CCCAUCAGUGUAGCCCAGCAGUGCUGCCAGUCAGUGCCACCAGUCAGUGCCCAGCGGUUGUGCCAGUCAGUGCCCAGCAGUGAUGUCAGUCAGUGCCACCUAUCAGUGCUGUCUAUCAGUACCCAUUAUCAGUGUCGCCUAUCAGUGCCACCUAUCUGUGACACCUCAUUAGUGCUGCCCAUCAGUGCCACCCAUCAAUGAUGCCCAGCAGUGCCGCCGGUCAGUGCCGUCUGUCAGUGCCUCCAGUUGGUGCUGUCAGUGCCGCUUAUCAGUGCCCAUCAUUUCCUGCAUAUCAGUGCAUCCCAUCAGUGCUGCCUAUCAGUGCAGCCUCACCAACGCACAUCAAAGAAGAAAUAUUACCUGUU